CCCUCCGUUGCUGCUGCUGCUGCUGCUGCUUCGAGCUUCAGCUUCUUCGAGCGCCUUCACUUCCUCCUUUCUUCUUCGCGGCAGUAGGAAUUCGUGGGGGGAGGAGGAGGAGGAGGAGGAGAAGUAGCUGCUGCUGCUGCAAGUCGAGCUCGAGGAAGCCACGCCGGGCAGAGCGAAGGAUGGUGAGGCUGACCGCGGACCUGAUCUGGAAGAGCCCCCACUUCUUCAACGCCAUCAAGGAGCGGGAGCUCGACCUUCGAGGUAACAAGAUUGCGGUGAUCGAGAACUUGGGGGCCACUGAGGACCAAUUUGACACUAUUGAUUUGUCCGACAAUGAGAUCGUUAAGCUGGAAAACUUUCCAUACCUUAACCGGCUGGGUACUUUGCUUAUAAAUAACAAUAGAAUUACUCGCAUCAACCCUAAUAUUGGAGAGUUCUUACCGAAGUUGCACACGCUGGUUCUUACAAACAACAGAUUGGUCAACUUGGUUGAGAUUGAUCCUCUUACAUCUCUUCCAAGGCUCCAAUAUCUUAGUUUGUUGGAUAAUAAUGUCACAAAGAAACCCAAUUAUAGGUUGUAUGUGAUUCACAAACUAAAAUCGCUUCGGGUGCUGGAUUUCAGGAAAGUAAAAAGCAAGGAGAGAUUAGAAGCAGAACAGCUAUUUUCAUCUAAAGAAGUUGAAGAGGAAGCUAAAAAGGAAUCGACAAAGACGUUUUCACCAGGAGAGGUUCAAAAGGUUUUGGAACCCAUUGAAGAACCGCAGGCUCCCAAAGUUGUUGCCCCUACACCGGAGCAAAUUAUUGCUAUAAAGGCGGCCAUAGUGAAUUCACAGACUCUUGAAGAGGUUGCCAGACUUGAAAAGGCUCUGAAGUCGGGUCAGCUUCCAGUGGAUCUGAAAAUACCAGAGGUCGUUACUGGGGCUGGUAGUGUCAAAGAAAGAGAUGAAGAAAUGAGUUCUACUAAUCAAGAUGAAGCAGAUGUUGAACAGAAGAAUGUAGAGGAGCAAACAAACGAUGAACCUGCGCCCAUGGAACAGGAAUAAGAGGUUCCAAGCAGUUGGUUUGUCGGACAGUUCUUGGUCAUCAGCCUUGGGAUGGAAAGAGCCAGUAUUAAGGGAGAGUACUGGAUGUUGUGCAUGUAUAAUUAUGCCAGGGGUGAACAUGUUUUCCCUUUUCAUCUGUUGGUUAGACCUGAAUCUAAUUUGUACUUUUAUAUCUCUCAUAGUUUGCCAGUAGGAUGAAUCCUCCCUGUCCUCUACUAGAUAUUCACCUCUAUAGAGCCAUUUUCUGGUA